AUGCCCAGAUCUGUGAAACGCGCGCACGAGCUCAUCGACCUUACGGGCGAUGACGAUACUGAGACGCGUUCCAAGCGGCCCGCGCGGGCGGCGCCCGGCACUUCCAACUCGGUCCCCACGCCGGGCUUUUACCCGGGCAGCCAGUCUCAGGGCGUCGUGCCUGCCUCUCUGGCUUCAUUCGCCGAGCCUGACUAUCUCGACCUAACUCAGGAGAGCGAGGAUCCUCCGUUUGAGCUCUAUGGAACCUUUGUGGGCAAGAUUGUUGGUGUGAGGUACUAUAAUGGAUAUGCUUCACCGGGUGAAACCGUUCUGUGCAGGCGAGAACCCCAUAAUCAGUACGACCGAAACGCCAUCCGGGUCAACAACGUCUUUGGUGAUCAGAUCGGCCAUCUCCCGCGCAAGGUUGUCGAGAAAAUCACCCCAUAUGUGGACUCUGGCGACAUCAUGCUCGAGGCCCAGCUCGCGGGCGAGAAGGGCUUCUACGAUUGCCCCAUCAAGCUGUUCUUCUAUGGCCCUAGCAACCCUGCUGAGCGCUCCGUGCUAGAGGAGAAGCUCAAGAAGGACAAGCUUGUCAGGCCUACGGAGCUGAAGAAGACCAAGAAGGAAGCCGAGGCUCGUAGAAGGGCACUGGGCUUGGUGAGCGGAACUUCAAGCCAUGGACUUGGUUCAGAGCCCGCCAUUGCUCAGAAGCCUGAGAAGCCUGAAGUGUCCAUGGCGACGCUUUUGCAAAACAGUGAAGCGAUUGAACUGCGUAAUGGUGCAGACGCCAUCAAGAAGCUGGCAAUUGGCGAGGACCAGCUUGAGAAGCUGCCCAAGGCCGAGCAGCCUGCCCAGUUGAAGUCUCAACUAUUGCCGUACCAGCUCCAGGGUCUGGCCUGGAUGGCCUCCAAGGAGAAGCCCCAGUUCCCAGAGAAGGGUUCAGAGGAUGUCAUUCAACUCUGGCGGCGUGACGCUAGAGGCCGCUGCUGGAACAUCGCAUCCGACUUUGUCACCUCAACAACCCCUAAGCUGCUCUCAGGUGGCAUCCUUGCCGACGAUAUGGGUCUCGGCAAGACCAUCCAGAUCAUCAGCCUGAUCCUCACAGGUGGCGGGGGUCCUACUCUCAUUGUCGCCCCGGUGAGCGUCAUGAGCAACUGGGCCCAGCAGAUCAAGCGGCACGUCAAGGAGGAGCAUCAGCCUCAAGUUCUCGUCUACCACGGCGGCGAAAAGAAGUCGGUAGAGGACCUAGCCAAGUACGACGUCGUCAUCACCAGCUACGGUAGACUUGCUCGGGAACGCGACCAGGGCGUGUACAGAGCUCUCACGUCAGAGAGCUUCAAAUGGCGCCGUGUAGUCCUCGACGAGGGCCACACCAUUCGCAACGCGAGAACCAAGGUAGCCCAGGCUGCAUGCGAGAUCAACGCCGAGUCGCGAUGGGUUCUAACCGGUACCCCAAUCGUCAACUCGGUCAAGGACCUGCACUCGAUCCUCAAGUUCCUCCACAUCACCGGUGGCAUCGAACAAUCCGAAAUCUUCAACGCCAAGAUCACUCGCGAGCUGGGCUCCGGCAGCGGCAGUGGCGAGGCUCUUCUCCAGGCCCUCAUGCAUGACCUCUGUCUCCGCCGUAAGAAGGACAUGAAGUUUGUCGACCUCAAGCUGCCUGAGAAGAAGGAGUACAUUCACCGGAUCGCCUUCCGCAAGGACGAGAAGCGCAAAUAUGAUGCUCUGCUGGAUGAAGCGAGGGGUGUUCUUGAGGCAUGGCAAGCUGGAUCUUCCUCAGGACAACAGGGCCGCUUUCAAAACGUCCUCGAGCGACUCCUCCGCCUCCGCCAGGUCUGUAACCACUGGACCCUUUGCAAGGAACGUGUCGCCGACAUCCUCAACCUCCUUGACGAGCACGAAGUCGUCCCCCUCAACGACAAGAACCGAGCCCUCCUCCAGGACGCUCUCCGUCUGUUCAUCGAGAGCCAAGAGGACUGCGCCAUAUGCUACGACACCCCAUCCGACCCCCUCAUCACAGCAUGCAAACACGUCUUCUGCCGGGCCUGUAUCGUCCGCGCCAUCCAGCUCCAGCACAAGUGCCCCAUGUGCCGCAACCAGCUCACCGAAGACUCUCUACUCGAACCCGCCCCCGAGGACGCAGGCGACGACGCUAGCAGCUUCGACGCCGAGACGCAGAGCUCCAAGACGGAGGCCAUGCUGCAGAUUCUCAAGGCCACCGUCCGUAAGCCGGGAUCCAAGGUGGUCGUUUUCUCGCAGUGGACCUCGUUCCUCAACAUUAUUGAGGUGCAGCUCAAGGCUGAGGGAAUCGGCUUCACCCGUAUUGACGGCAGCAUGAAGACAGACAAGCGUGAUAGCGCUAUUGAGGCCCUCGACAACGACCCCGACACACGUGUCAUGCUCGCCAGUCUUGCUGUGUGCAGUGUUGGACUCAACCUCGUCGCAGCCGACACCGUCAUUCUCUCAGACAGUUGGUGGGCACCUGCCAUCGAAGACCAGGCCAUCGAUCGUGUUCAUCGCCUAGGCCAGACCCGCGAGACGACCGUCUUCCGACUCGUCAUGGAGGGCUCGGUCGAAGAGCGCGUGCUAAAUAUCCAGAAGGAGAAGCGGGAACUGGUGACAAAGGCCUUCCGCGAGAAAGACGCCCGGGGGAAGAAGGCCAAGGAAACUCGGGUGGCCGACGUACUCAAGCUUCUGGGAUAG